CGGUUGUCCGUCAGCGCUCCCCUAGCGGGCGGGGCGCUCGGGGUUCUCCGUCCGACGGUGCGGCCCGGCGUUCUCCCAGCGGCGCUUGGCAGUGGGGCGGCCGGCGGGCAUGGGGCGGCGCGGCGGGGCUCCCCGCGGCCUGGAGCUGGCGGUGCUGGUGGCGUCGGCGUGCCUCGCCGGUGUAUGCGGUGAUGAAUUUAGUGUCUUACGAUCACCUCAGUCAGUUGUGUUUCGAGAUGGAAGUUGGCCCAUUCCUGGCGAGCGGAUCCCAGAUGUAGCUGCGUUAUCCAUGGGCUUUUCUGUUGAAGAUGACCUUUCCUGGCCGGGGCUUGCAGUGGGUGAUCUCUUUCACAGACCACGAGCCACUGUGCUGGUAACAGUGAAGGGAGUAGACAAGCUGACGUUGCCUGUGAAAGGGAUUUCUUACCCUAUUGAGAACGCUGUUCCUUUCAGUCUUGACAGUGUUGCAAAUGCUAUUCAUACUUUGUUCUCUGAGGAAACUCCUGUGGUCUUGCAGCUGGCCCCCAGUGAGGAGAGAGUGUACAUGGUGGGCAAGGCAAACUCUGUAUUUGAAGAUCUUUCUGUUACGCUGCGCCAACUACGAAACCGCUUAUUCCAGGACAACUCCAUUCUCAGCUCCCUUCCUCUCAACUCCCUCAGCAGAAACAAUGAGGUUGACUUGCUUUUUCUGUCAGAACUACAAGUCCUACAUGAUAUUGCAAGCCUGCUGUCUCGACACAAGCACUUAGCCAAAGAUCACUCUCCAGACCUGUAUUCUCUGGAACUGGCUGGUUUGGAAGAGGUUGGAAAACGGUAUGGGGAAGACUCUCAGCAGUUCAAGGAUGCUUCUCAAAUUCUUGCAGACUCUUUGCAAAAGUUUGCAGAUGAGAUGUUUAAUCUGUAUAGCGGGAAUGCAGUUGUAGAAAUGGUAGCUGUCAAGGCAUUUAAUUCUCCCCUCACGAGGAAGACUCGCUCCAUUCUCCAGUCUUCACAGAGCGAAACUGAAAAUCCGUAUAACCUUGCCUAUCCGUAUAACUACAACUACUCUGUAAUCUUCAACAUUAUUCUGUGGAUGAUGAUAGGUCUUGCUUUAGCUGUGAUAGUUAUCUCCUACAACCUCUGGAACAUGGAUCCUGGAUAUGACAGCAUUAUUUAUAGGAUGACAAAUCAGAAGAUAAGAAUGGAUUGAACUGCAUUGUAUUACAGCGCAAGGAAAUGAUGAAGAGUAAGGUCUCCUUUAAACUGUGUGGAAAACAUUCUGACAUGGUUAACUGUGGAAUUUUUUUAAAGGUGUAUUUAUUUCUAAGUAUUUUUUUCCCUCUCAGCCCUACUUUAAAUGUUAGUAGUAGCACCAGAUGGGAUUUAGAAAUUGAAAUCUGCUUGUUUUAAAAAAAAAAAAAAACAAUCCCCCAAGUAAUUGUUAUUGAAGUAACAUUCAUUCCAUUUUUUUAUCAUGUAACAUGAGUUUUUGAAAUGCCCUGUACUGCCUGUGACUGUGUGCAAAAGAGAUAAAUUGAAAUUAUGAUAGCAACAUGUUGUUUGAAACUUUUACACUGGAAGAUUAGAAAUUAUAGCUAAAUUGUUGUGUUAUAUAUUAUGAACCAAUUGUAAAUGUUUGAUGUAAAUAUUUAUAACGGCUAUAUGUAACUUCAGAGAGGAUAGUAAUUAUUCUUUAGUAAAAUACUCAGUAUAGAAAUAUUUCUACAAGACUACAAUUCUAAUGGCAUAACUGGCAUUUUGAUCUCACGUUGAUGGCUCAGAUUUGAGCCGCAGACAGAAGGAUCCCUUACAUAGAACUUUAAUGAUUUGGAGGUAAAUAACACUAGUGUGGCUGAUCUAUAUAGUGGAGAGUAUAAAUAUUGAAGUAGCACCAGUCUGAUCAUGGUCUAACGUCACAUACGGUGAGAAGUUCCUAUUAUGAUGCUUCAUAUUCCUUCCAUUUGUGUUGAUGUUGUUAUUAAAAAAAAAAUAACCAAUUCUUUUUGAUGAUAAGAGUGGACCAACACUUGAUUUAAAUAUACCUGAAUUAUAGUCCUGCUUAAACCAUUCAAUAAAACAAAGAACAGUUCUUGAAUGCAUUUAUUUUUUGUGACUUUAUAGGUGUGACUACUUCUAUCUAGUAUUAACUCAUCUGAAGGGAGUAGGUGGAAGCAGCCUCCUGUAUGUGACAGUGUGCCUAAGUCUAUAACAGUUUAGUUUUAACUAUUGUUCAGAAACAGGUGUUGGAAGAUCACCUUGUACAGAUUAAUUUUUCUAAAACAAAUAGCGAGUGUAGUUAAAAUAAGCAAUUAAUCUCUGGCUUGAAUCUUUCUUAGAACUACCUACUUUGAAACUCAUUUCCUCCUGUGGUAAAAGGAAUUCUCCCAGACUUGGGCAACAUGAAUGGAAACUAACUUUCUCAUCUCGUUGGCCUCUAAUGUGCUUAACUUGCCCUACUGUUAGGAGGUAUUUGUUCCACUUGCAGAAAAGAUCUGCUCAUUGAAUCGAUUUGUCUUGUUUACUGGGAGUGUCAGAUUUGGUGGGGUUGAAGUUGUUCAUGUCUUCGAGAUCCUGGACGGUGUUUCAUGUUGAAUUGAGUAACGUGCUGCAGCUUUGCCCAAGUCCAGGAAAUCUAGUUUAGCAUAUGUUACAAUCGUUUGAAAUUACUUCUAAUGGCACUUAAUUUGGGUGAUUACGAUCAAUAGAUAUAAAGGAAGUUGUAUUGCCAUUUUCUCUGACAAGAAUGUGUAGUUUAAUUAUUGAACAUUCUGUAACACACUUGCAGUGUUUUGAGAAUCAAAUCCAUCUGAAGAACCUGUACAACUUUAUUAUGAAAACAAUUGAAAUACAGCGCUCUCAUCCUGUUUGAUAGGCAUGAACCCUAAUGUUCUAAGUAAACUAUUACAUGAUACUCUA